AUUAUGUAAAUUCUAGGGGGAGUUCUCUAUAUUUAACCCUGCACUCGUCCUCCCAAAGUCCACAGAUGAAGUGAAGUGAUCAUGGAACUAGUAAACAUUUAUGAAAGUGAAAACCAUGAGACCUGCAGCCAGUACGAUAAGAUUGGACUGAACAGAGAUGGAGAUACUUAUGCAGACAAGGACCGAAAACUCAGCUACACUGAAGAAAGAGCUCGAAACCAAAGAGGUUUGUCAAUAGGAAAUAAGUGUGUUGUGUUGAGCACCGUUUGUUUUAGCCUCAUGUGCAUUUUCCUGGUGGCUGCCAUUGUAGUUCUGCAUAUAAAGCUCAUGGCAGAGAGAGAAGUACAAGCAACACACAUGUUACAGUCCAGUUCAAGAGAUCAAAGAGAGAAAGACCUGUUACAGAAUAGCUUCAACUCUUUGACUCAGAAGAAACUCGAGCUUGAGACCAGAGUCAAAGAUCUAACUGCUGAGAAAACACAGUUACAGAGCAACUUCAGCUCUUUGAGUCAGAAUAAACUCGAGCUUGAGACCAGAGUCAAAGAUCUAACUGCUGAGAAAACACAGUUACAGAGCAGCUUCAGCUCUUUGAGUCAGAAUAAACUCGAGCUUGAGACCAGAGUCAAAGAUCUAUCUGCUGAGAAAACACAGUUACAGAGCAGCUUCAGCUCUUUGAGUCAGAUGAAACUGGAGCUGGAGACCAGAGUCAAAGAUCUUACUGCUGAGAAAACACAGUUACAGAGCAGCUUCAGCUCUGUGAGUCAGAAGAAACUCGAGCUUGAGACCAGAGUCAAAGAUCUCACUGCUGAGAAAGACCAGUUACAGAGCAGCUUCAGCUCUGUGAGUCAGACGAAACUGGAGCUGGAGACCAGAGUCAAAGAUCUCACUGCUGAGAAAACACAGUUACAGAGCAGCUUCAGCUCUGUGAGUCAGAAGAAACUGGAGCUGGAGACCAGAGUCAAAGAUCUCACUGCUGAGAAAACACAGUUACAGAGCAGCUUCAGCUCUUUGAGUCAGAAGAAACUCGAGCUUGAGACCAGAGUCAAAGAUCUCACUGCUGAGAAAACACAGUUACAGAGUGAUUUCAGAGUGAAGAAACUGGAGUUAGAACACAGAGUCACGUCUCUGAGUGAGGAACUGAAGAAAGAGGCAUCUAAAAGAGAUGUCUUGUUCAUAUCAACUGAGAAGAAGAGCUGGUCUGAGAGCAGACAAUACUGCAUGGAGCGUGGAGCUGAUCUGAUCAUUAUCAAGAGUGAAGAGAAGCAGAGAAACAUAUUUUCAUUGGUCAAGGAGAGAGUGUGGAUUGGUUUGUCUGAUAUUGAGAACGAGGGGAUCAUGAAAUGGGUGGAUAAUUCACCACUGAAUCAAGGGUUUUGGCUCAAAGGUGAACCGAAUGACCAAGGUGGAACUGAGGACUGUAUUGAACUGAUGCCUUCCAAUCCGGUCCUGAACAACUGGAAUGAUCUGCCAUGCUCAGAGAAGAGAGAAUUUAUUUGUGAGAAAUAGGGUUAAUCCCAUCUUGUUGUGGUUUUGCUUUAUAUAAUAUAGUCAUUCUUAUUGCGAAUUCAUAAUUUUCUAUUGAGGUCCCUGUCUUUAAAAAAACGGUCAGUUUAUGUGAUUUUUUUUUAAGAAGGAAAAUACAAAAUUGAUAUUGUUUUCUUAAUGCUUUAAUAGUCUUCUGUUCCUCAUGGUGUGUAUCAGGGUGAUCUGAGACCCCAAACCUCUGAUUGUGUUCAUGUUUCAUGUCUCCGUCACAAGCAGCUCUAUAUUAAUAUGAUAUUAUCUUAGCUGUUAUCAUGAGCCUUGUUUGCUCUGAAGUUUUGAGGAGACAGUCAAUCACAGUAAAAGUCUAAAGUGUAUUGAGUGUAUACUGAGUGUCUGUAAAACUGCUUUUGAGUUGAAUUGCUUGCUGUUUGAAUAAAAUAUUCAGUUAUUAUCAU